ACGCCAGUCUGUGUUUUCUAUUGGUUUCUCUUAAAGUACCGCACUUAUUCUAUUUAUAUCAAUUUUGAUGCACUUGAACAGCUUUCUUUUCGCAUUUCACGCUCCAGCAUUUCAUGCACCAGGACAUGGGUAGGUUGGUUUAUACAUUUUAAAUCACCUAAAACCCAUUUAUUCCUAUUUUACGAAAAGCAGGUUCAUUUCUUAAGUGGUUCGACGUUGUGUGCUAAAGCAGAUAACUCGGAUCCAGACGUGGACAUCCUUCGCACCGACGACCCUACAUUUAAUGACCGCGAUCAACAGCCUUCACUCACCCAGGCUACUUCUAUUCCUAUCACGGAGAAUGACACUUCAGUUAAAGUCAAUGGUGAAACUGAUGCAGUCUCGGAAGCCAUCGAAAAGCGGAAGCAACCCCUCAUGGAAUUGGCCUACUCGGAAGAAAGUUAUGUACGCAGAUUGCGUGUGGUCUAUGAGCUCUACAUCUUUGAGGAGCUUGCUAGUAAACUACCUCCAGGAGGUCCAACGGUACCUGACGAUCUCGUGGCUCGAUGGCGUAUUCUUUGGGGCAAUUGGGUCCAACUACUGGAGUGGCAUACAGGCUUCUACGAGAAGCUACGCACCUUGUUAGAGGAUGAUCCAGACCGCAUUCCGAAGCUCUUCAUUGAUUCGCGAGCUCGUCUCCGUUCCAUCUACUCGAAAUACUGCGAGAACCAAAUUAAGGCUGCUCACAUUGCGGAGCAGCACAAAGAAUUUUUCGAUGAGUGGCGUGUGCACGUGGGGGACAAGGAGGAUGUGGUCUCAUUGCUGAUGCAGCCAGUGCAACGUAUCAUGCGAUACCAGUUGCCCAUCUCAGAGAUUGUCAAGUGGACUGAGCGAGCAAAGUUAUCUUCUCUGGUCCUCUGGCAGAAGGCCCUGGAUAUUAUGAAAGAGAUUCCGAAGGAUACACAACUCAUUCUUGAGGUAGAUCUCUUUUUAGUGAGAUUCAGUUUCUUACCUUCUGACCGUCAGUGGUUACGGGCCUAUUGUUCAUAUGCUCCCAAAAUUACAGGACUCUCGGGGAAAAUGAACUCAAAUAUGGGCGACUUUAUGCAACUUGGGGCGAGAGGGAGGCGAUUGGAGGGGGACUGCCUAACGGGGGUUGGUUGGGUUAAACGAGCGCAUUUAUGGCGAUGCAAGAGGCUGGUAUUUAGUGGCUAUUGA